AUGGCGGCAGGAGCAAGUGGACGAAUAGCGGUGCUAAUUGACCUGUCGGGUACCCUGCACGUCGAGGAUAUGUGUAUUGCUGGAGCACCGGCUGCACUGAAACGACUGAGAUGCAAUCCGCGUUGUGUGAUCCGAUUUGUCACCAAUACAACCAAGCAAUCCGCAAAUCGCCUUUGGCAACAUCUCAAAGAGCUUGGAUUUGAGAUUUCCCAGUCGGAAAUAUUCACCUCUCUUUCUGCUGCUAAAGAGCUCAUCAAAAAAAAUGAUUUGCGGCCUAUGCUCUUCCUCGAGAAUGAGGCACUGGAAGACUUCCAAGAUGUGACCGUGAAGGAACCGAAUGCAGUGGUUAUUGGCCUUGCACCUUCAAAAUUCGAUUUUACUUCAAUGAAUGCAGCAUUUCGAUUGCUACUGAAUGGAGCUGAAUUGAUCGCAAUACAUAAGGGACGAUUUUACCGCCAAAAAGAUGGCCUAUCACUGGGGCCCGGACCCUUUGUGAAGGCGCUUGAAUACGCCGCCGAUGCUGAAGCAAGUUCAUUUCUCAUUGCCGGCAGCAGUUUGAACUGGGCCUCUUACUGCUGCUUAAAGCAACUUUUUUGCGCUUGUUUUAAGGCAGUAGUGGUGGGUAAACCGGAACGUGGAUUCUUCCGCUUGGCACUGAACAGUAUCGGCGGCAGCGCAAUAGCGCCUGAACAAGCGAUAAUGAUCGGCGACGAUUUUCGUGAUGAUGUGCUCGGAGCAAUAAAUGCUGGAAUGCGGGCAAUUCUAGUGAGGACUGGCAAAUACCGCGAAAGUAUGUUUUGUUGCCAGAAUCGUCAGCUCGGUUUUGUUGGCAAACAAACGCCAGCCAGUAAUUUCCCUCAGAGUGUCAGUGUUCGGCAAAAGAACAUCAGCUGCGAUGAUGCUAAGAGAAAGAGAGGUUACUCCGACUGUCAACGGUUUAAUUGCGUUGCGGUUAGAUCACUUAUUAAAAUCACCAGUACUGAAGGAAAAAUGUGUGCAACUCCGUAG